AAAAUAGCUUAGACCUAAAUAAGUUCUACGGUAAUGCGUUACUGGGCUUAGCACCGUCAGUUUCUAAGCAGAGCUGAUCAGUGAUAGAUUCCUUCGAUGUGGACCAUUUGAAAAUGACUAAAAAUCUGUCUUUCUUGACAUGGCGUAAAAAGAAAAUGAUAUAAAUAAAAAAAUAUAGAUUAUAACACUUUUAAAACACCAUACUUCUCGUGUGUUCGAUAAGUUCUUAAUAUGUUCGAUAAGAUAAGAUAAAGCUAAAAAAGUGUUCGAUAAUUUAAGCUUUUGAAAUCAUCAACCUGACCCAUUUUAACAUCAAAUAUAAGUUUAACUAUGAGUAGUAAUAGAAUAAAACAUGUCUACUUUUUAAGAAAAAUGGAUGAGGAGUUCACAGAUACAAUCAGUUUUUUUCUAGGUCUAAUUUUUACGGAGAUACACAAAUUCAAACAUAAAAAAUGUCGGCGAAUGAGUUUAACUUGUUCGAUAAACAUCUAUUCAAAAUGACAAAACCAUGGCGUACAAAAAUGCCACCUUUAAAAUCAAUGAGUCGAAAAGAAAGACGAAAAGAAGAAAGAAAAUUGAAAAAAGCCAGAAAAGAUGCAUUUGCUCACCGAAACUAUGAUCGUUUAAAAGAUUUGAAAGACCUAGAUACAGCAUUUAAAGCAAAGAACCAACAAGAGAAGAAAGAACGACUAAAAGUAAAAGAGAAAAAGAAAAAAGUAGCUCAAGUGGAAGCAAAGAAAGAGCAAGAAGAUACAAGAGUUAAGGGACUUAAGUUGGCGAUUCAGAAAGAUGAAAAGGAGCUUAAGCAGCUAGAAAAAAAUUUGAAGUUUCGCAAGAAAAAAGGAGUAAAGAAUUUACCAUCAUCUUUCAUGAAAGAUGGCUUGGACUAUAUUUUGGAUGUAACUGAUUCAGAGAAAAUUAAAACACUUGAAGAUGUUGUUCCUGGGUACGUAAAGGGAUCAGAUGAUGAUGAUGAUUCUGAGUCUGACAAUGAAAUGAAUUUGAAAAUGGAUACUGAAAUAGAAGAAGAGUCAGGGUCAGAUGAUGAUGAAGCUGAUCAGAAGUCAUCAAAUGAAUCUAAAGAUAUACAAAAGGCUCUUAACCCUAUUAUCAAACAGAAGAAUGAUCCAGCCAAGAAAGACUCAAAAAAAGUCUCAUUUGCAUCUACUCAUUUACAAAGUAAAACAGCUGGAAAAAAUAUGAACUUCAGUGAUGAUGAUGAUGACAAUGAUGAAGAGGAGGAGGAGGAUGAAGAUUUUGAUGAAGGUGAAGAAGGUGAAAGUGAUGAGCUGGAAGAGUUUCUUGCUGGCGAAGAUGAUGAUGAUGAUGAACUGGAGACUAAACCUUCAAGAAAAAGGCCAAGAGAAGAAGCAGACAAUGAACUUCGAGAGGAUGUGUAUGGAAGACUCAGGGAUAGAGAAGGGAACAUUGUCAAGCCUACUGAAACUGGGACAUACAUUCCACCUGCCAAAAGACUUCUUCUGUCAGCCGGGCAAAAUGAAGCUCUGCACAAGAAACUUAAAGGCCUUAUAAACAAAGUGAGUGAAGGCAGCAUGCAAGCCAUAAGUUCUCAGAUAGAGGCUUUAUACCUCGAUAACAGUAGAGCAGACGUGAAUGAGACAAUGUUUGCUAUCAUACUAGAAUCAGUGGUCACACCUGUUGCCUGUCCAGAAAGAUUAGUCACAGAGUUGACUAUGCUAAUAACUAUUCUGAGCUGUAACAUUGGAUCUGAAGUUGGUGCAUUUUUUAUUCAAAAGCUGGCUAAAAAAUUUGAUGAUUUAUUGCGGGAGCCUGACUAUGGCCAUGGCAAGCUUAUGGAAAAUGUUUUAUUGCUCAUAGCUAAUUUAUAUAACUUCAAGUUGUUUCAUAGUAAAUUAGUAUUUGACAUCAUGGACAAAUUUGUCUCAACAUUUAAUGAAAGAGAUAUUGAAGUACUUCUCCUAUUGUUAAAAACUGUAGGCUUUAAGCUUCGCAAAGAUGAUCCUCUGAGGUUGAAGCAGGUUAUUCUAGAUAUCCAAGCCAAAGCUAGAGCAGCAGAAAGUUCUUCUGGAGGCACUAUGCAGUCCCGCAUUCGUUUCAUGUUAGACAUCCUUAUGGCAGUGCGUAAUAAUAACAUGAGGAAAAUACCAAACUACGAUUCUAGUCACAUAGAGCAUUUAAAGAAAAUAAUCAAAACUUUUAUUAAAGUUCAGGGAGAAGAUGAGCUGAACAUUUCAUUGGAAGACUUACUUAAAGCUGACCAAAUUGGCAGGUGGUGGAUAGUUGGCUCUGCCUGGGAAGGUCGCAAGGAUCCAUUAGAUAGUAUUAAAGAAGCAAAAUCUAAAACAGAAACAUCUCUUAGUGGUACAUUCAGCAAACAAAUGAUGAAAUUGGCCAAACAGCAAGGAAUGAACACAGAAAUCAGAAGACACAUAUUUUGUAUAUUAGGAACAAGUGAGGAUUAUGAAGAUGCUUUUGCCAGAUUGAUACGUAUGGGACUAAAUCACAGUCAGGAGAGGGAGAUAAUUCAUGUCUUACUACACUGCUGCUUGAAUGAGAAAGAAUACAAUCCAUUUUAUGGCUACCUGGCGGAAAAAUUUUGUGUAUUUGAUAGAAGAUUUAUGAUUACAAUACAGUUUAGCAUAUGGGACAAGUUUAAAGAAGUGGAUAAAUUAGACAAGUUGUCUCGAAAUAAACUUAGCCGUCUUAUUUCACAUCUUCUUAUUGCCAAAGCUUUAUCACUUUCUAUUUUUAAAGUUAUAGAGUUUGGUAUGGAGAGUAAGAAAAUGAUCAGAUUGUUAGUUCACAUUUUGACAGAAAUCUUUACAUCGUGCAAUGAAACUAGUGUUCAUGAGAUAUUUGAAAGAAUAGCUCCAUUUCCCAAAUUAAAAACAUUGCGUCAAGGUUUACAAGUUUUUAUGAGAAUACACUUUAAAGAAACCAAAGGUCAGGCUGGUGCUUUAUUACAAGAAAGAAUAGAAAAGGCAGAUUCAGCAAUGUUCAGUCAUCAGACUUCCAAUAUGUUACUUUAACAACAUGUUUGUUUGGAAUUAGUCUCUGCAGCCAAUAUUUUACUGUAACUUCAGUUAACAACACAUUUGUUUGGAAUUAGUCUCUGCAGCCAAUAUUUUACUGGAACUUCAGUUAACUACAUGUUUGUUUGAAAUUAGUGCAGCCAAUAUUUUACUGUAACUUCAGUUAACUACAAGUUUGUUUGGAAUUAGUCUCUGCAGACAAUAUUUUACUGUAACUUCAAGUUUGUAGUUUGUUAACUACAAGUUUGUUUGGAAUUAGUCUCUGAAGCCAACAUUUUACUGUAACUUCAGUUAACUACAAGUUUGUUUGGAAUGAGUCUGCAGCCAAUAUUUUACUGUAACUUCAGUUAACUACAAGUUUGUUUGGAAUUAGUUUCUGCAGCCAAUAUUUUACUGUAACUUCAGUUAACUGGAGGAAUAUGCAUUUUUAAAUGAUUGUUUUCCUGUGCUCGCUUGAUGGCAGUGCUAUAAAUUUUUGAUGGAAAUGUAAUAAAUUAUUUCAAAUGUUUA